AUGCCUGCUGCAGUGAAGUCUUCUCUGGAGGGAGCAAUGUCGGAUUCAGGCGACUUGGAGAGAGGAGGGCCACUGUGCCUGGGCAAAGUGCCCCGGGAGCUUGUGAAGAACUUCCCCCACACCAAGCGUGUGGGCAGGUACCUGGUGGGAAAGAUGAUAAACAAGGGUUCCUUUGCCAAAGUGAUGGAAGGUCUUCAUAUCACCACCGGAGAGAAGGUGGCCAUAAAGGUGAUUGAUAAGAAGAAGGCUCGUCGGGACUCAUAUGUACUGAAGAACAUGAAGCGAGAGCCCCGUAUCCACCAGGUCAUCCGCCACCCCAAUGUGGUGCUCCUGCUGGAGACCCUGGAGACAGAGAACUCUUAUUACAUGGUGAUGGAGUUGUGCUCUGGAGGAGACCUGAUGGAGAGAAUCUCCCAGCGCAAACGGCUGGAUGAGAGAGAGGUACGCCGUUACACCCGCCAGAUCAUGUCUGCUGUGGAACAUCUACAUCGCCAUGGCGUUGUACACAGAGAUCUAAAGAUUGAAAACUUCCUCCUUGAUGAGCAUAAUAACAUUAAAAUAGUGGAUUUCGGCCUCAGUAACACUCUGAAGUCAGACUCGGUGUCUGCGGAGCUGUUGAACACACAGUGUGGAAGCCCCGCCUACGCUGCUCCUGAGCUUCUCGCACGCAAGAAGUACGGCCCCAAAGUGGAUGUGUGGUCUGUAGGUGUGAGUGUGUUUGCGAUGCUGACAGGCACCCUCCCCUUCACAGUGGAGCCUUACAACAUAAAACAACUGCAUCAGAAAAUGGUGAAUAGAGACAUCAGUGACAUCCCAUCUGACCUUAGCAAAGGUGCUGUUCAGUUUGUGCUAUCUCUGUUGGAGCCAGACCCUGCCAAGAGACCCUGUAUCAAAACUGCUAUGGAAGACAAAUGGCUAAAUGAGGGCUAUGCCAAGAGGCCCCUGAGGAGUAUCUCCUAUGAAAACAGGCUUAGACCAGAGGAACUAAACUCCUCCGUGUUACACUACAUGACGGAGUCUCUAGGUCACAGCCUCUCUGACAUCAUUCACAACGUUGUCAACAACAGUCCCUCCACCAUCCUGGCAGCCUACCACUUACUGCUGAAAAAACUCACCAGGCAACAGAGAGGAGCUAAGGCCUUCAAGAGAGCAGAGAACAGCGAGUGGAACCUGUCUAAUAAAAGCAUAUGGAGAGAAAAGAGCAACCCCGAGGCCAAAAGCAAUCAACAGAAUGAAGCAGCCAAUGACAGGAGUCCAAGACCACCCAGUAAGACCCAAGCAAGCCAAUCAAAUGAGAGCAUCUCUCAGGGCAGCAGGAAGAGGCCAGAGGAGAUAGAUGGACAGAGCCACCUGAGUGCAGAGCAGCGGAUGGACUCUCCCUCUCCUUUACCAGUAGAUGGAAUCACUGAUGAUGAUGUCGCCAUCACUGUGGAGACAAAGGAAGGACUAUUCCCAGAGGUCUCAGCGUUUGGUGAGCGGGAGUUGGUCCAUAUUUCACCCCCAAAGUGUUCCUGCAGGGAAACAUCUGGUUCAAACCUCUGUGACUCCAACCCCUGUGACACACUGGUUACACUGGAAAAUGCUAAAGAUUCAGCCACGGCUAAACCGACAUCUAAACCCAUGGCCGACCUGCAGGCGACACCUUCCGACAGUUACCUCGGCGAGGACCUGACCUACCCCCAUAACGACAGGCUGGAGAAGUUACAGACUUUCUACUCAGACAAAGCUGUGUCUCCCAGAAUGCACUUUGAGAACAGGGGGGGACAGCGUUUUAAGGACCUCCUCCUGGCCAUUGAGGAGAAAGCCCAUCCUGCUCGUCAUCUCAGCGCAAUGGAGACAAACACACAGACUUCCCCAUUACCACGACUGCACCACACCAGCACACUGAAAGAUACAACCAGAAAGGUCACAUGGGUGGGACUAACAGGUCAUGUUGGUACAGGUGCAGGGUGCUACCCUUUCCUGGUACAUGGCUCUAAAACCCCAGUUUACCCAUCACAGAUGCAAGAUGCACUGAAGAGUCUGAGACAGACAAAGGAAAGGAGAAAUGUAGGAACAGGCAGAGGAGGGGGUAGAGGAGGAAUGGUAACCAUUGGUAACGCAGCUAAACGGAACUCUGUACAACUUAGAACUUCCAUUCAACGGAGGGUCACUGACCUCAACCUGCCAAUGCUUCCGACCUCAUUCCGGAACAAAACAGACAAAAACACGGAAAUCUUCCGCAUGGACUUUGGGUAA